UGCGCUACUGUCUGUUUUUUUUAAUCUACGACCUGAUUUGAUUUGAUUUGAUUUGAUAUAAUUUAUGCCUUUGACCAUUUGAGCUGCUUCUGCGGUUUGAGCUGUUUAUGCGCUGGGACGUGCGCGAGGAGCCCUUCACAACCGGGAGCUAGCGCGUCAGUUGCACGGGCCCGACGCUGUGCGGUGGGCGCAACCCCGCGAGAGUGGGCGGCGCGAUGGGCGCGAAGAAUGUAGCGGGCGAGCAGAAUGAUGCCGGUGGUUUUGGUGCUUGUGGUGCUUGUGCUGUUUCUUGUUUUGUGUUGAAAGUGUUUUUGAAUCGUUCUUCUAUUUUCUUUUUGCUACCAUCACUUCUAGAGCUGGUCCUUUGUUGCAGACCAACCUCUUUCCAUAUUCCUUUUCAAAGCACAGCUAACCUCCCUCAUCUCUUGCACUUUUCAGUCCACAGCCAGCAUCUCCACCUCAACUCAACCAAUAUUCUCGAAAAUGGGCAGCGAUGGCUUCUUCAAAAAGUUUCUUCUGAGUUUGUUUGGAAACAACGACCAUCCCAACACAGGCCAAUCUCAUGGCUCCAAUUCCUUAUCCAGCAGAAACAAUAUAAGUAAGCGAAAUUUUUCAUCUGGAAGUUAUAAUCAUGGCAGCCAGUCCAACACCACAGACCCCAACGCUUCCUCCUCCUCAGCGUUUAAUUCAAAACGAGACAGAGACAGAGACAAAAUGGCCAAUUCUUCUUCACCUGUUGUUGACACUUUAAAAGCCCCACGAAUUCGAAAAUCAAAAAUCCGUAAAACCAGAAGAAUCUCUCGCUACAAUACAAUUGGUGCCAGUACUUCCUCGAACAAUUUGAAAGUCAGCAAAUUCAAAAGAAGAUCUGUUUCUGCGAAGGCCUCCCUAGGCAAACUAUCCAGAUCGCAUACAAUUGUUUCAAAUGAUAACAGUAAUAACACUGAUAAAACUAAACAUAAUGAAAAUUAUUCAAAAACCAACAGAUCUCAUCCCAUCCCCAAACUACCUGAUCUCCCAUUAAAAGACAUUAAAAACAUCAACAGUCUAAACACCACCGAUAAUCUCACCUCUUUACCUCCAUUACCACCAAAGAUGAUCAGAUCAAAAUCAAAUCCCUUAUUAUUAACUGAGAUCGACGAUUCUACUUUAUCCGCAAACUCCUUCACCUAUAUGAACAUGUCAACAGAUAUAAUUAUCUCAAACGACAACAACAACGACAUUAUCGAUAGCGACGACCUACGAAACUUGUCUUUUGACGAUUAUGGCAAUAUCAAAUUAUCGGUUCCAAAGACAAGACCCCAAAUCGAUGUUUCCAAUCAUAUUGACUCCCCCAAAAAUCAUUCAAAUGACAUUAAUAAAAAUCAAUCAACUAAUAAAGAAUUGAUCAAUAAAGAAUUAACUACCAAAGAAUCAACUAUUAAAGAACCAAACAUUAAACAAUCCACCAAUCAAUCAAAUAAUACCCACACCAUUUCAACCGACAAUACCAACUCUGCCAGCGCCAAUGACAUUCAAAAUUCAAAACUUUUGCCUAUCCUCGAGUCUCCUUCAAACCAGAUCGACCUCUCCAAAACCACCUUGAACGACAAUGACUCUGGUGUUGGCAGCAUCCAGGAACUCAUCAACACUGCUCUCACUGUUCUCGAUAACAACCAAAUCCUGCUUCCCGAAAAUGGUCCUCCUCCUCCUGAUUUUCCCGCCCCAACUCCUGAAAAAAAUUCUGAUCGCAAUCUGCAAAAUGCCCUGAGACACUCUCUGCAAACUUUAUCCAACCACCCAUCAAAUCAUAGUCUUCUUGCUGUUUCAUCCAAUCUCCCUGCUUCCUCUCCCAAAAAAGAAACCAUGGGAACUGCCAUUUCCUCACUUCCAAACCCUCUUCAAUCUUCUAUUUCCAUCUCUUCAAUCCCCAUACCCACUCCCCAUGAUACAAAUCCACUGCCCAACAACUCCUCCCACCAAAUGCCAAAAGACUCCACAGACAAUCAACAAAAAAAAAUCGAAAUCAUCGAUAUAGACGACUUUAUCAAUGCCCACGAUAGCGAUAACGAUAACAAUCUAACACCUGAAAUCUCUAACCAAAAAUCUCACAAUGAUUCAACACAUGAAAUCAUCGAUCUAACUAAUGAUGACGUUCAAAGCCAACACAAAAAUAAUUCACAAUUACUCGACUUAUCAAACUCAUCGCUUGAAACCUCAAAUGAUACACAAACCCUCCCAAUUGAAAGGAAAUUACCUAAGCAAAAAUUAAUCAUCACACUAGAUGAUAACGAUGAUAACGAUGAUAAUUAUAAUGAUAAUGACAACAAAAAAUUUGAAAUUAAAAAGGAAUCCAAAGAGAAAAACAUAGAAAAAACUACUGAUCAACUUAAAGAAAUGAAUCAAGAAAUGAAUCAAGAAAAGAAUAACCAGGUUAAAGAGGAAGUUAUUGAAAUCAAAAAAGAACUUGAUGAUCAAAUUAUAGAAAAUGUUAAUCAACAACAAAAAGAAAAAAAAGAAAAAAAAGAAAAAAUAGUUAUUGAUUUGACAGAUGAAUUCGAGACAAAAUCUUUACAUAACGAUCCAUCAUCCCAAAAAAUCUUUGAUUUGACUGAGGAAUCUGAUCCAACAAUUCAAGGUACAGAUAAGCUCGAUGAAAGUCUAAAGACCAAAGAAACCUUAUCAAAUGAAGUUCAAUCUUCUACUAUUUCUAAUCCUAAUAAAAAUACUGACACAAACAAAAAUACUGAUGAUACAAACACUAAUGAUACAGACACUAAUAACACUAACCCUGUUACAAAAACAAAUACAAAAUUUAAUACUGAUAAACCAGAACUCACCAUCAAUUAUCCAUCUUCGAAUAAACCUACAAACGAGCAAUCACUAAAAAUAUCAAAAGACUCUAUGGACACCUCAUCAAUCCUAACCAAAGACUCAGAACUUGACGUAAGCUUGACAGAAGAUGAAAUCAAAGAGCUAGAGGCCUUAUUAGACUCAGAUGCAGUAACUACUUCACAAAUUAAGUUUAUGAAGGAAAAUUCUUCCAAAUUUGUUAUUAAACCUACUCCUAUUUCUUCAGAAAAUAUUGUCAAAAAAGUUUCUACUUUGUCAAUUAAUUCAAAUUCUUCUAUAAAAUCUCAAAAAGAUGAAAAAAAUUUAAUUGACUCCAACAAAAAAAAGAGUGAAAAAAUUGAACCAAAGCCAUCUGUUGAAACAAUUGAUGAAAAAUCUCGUGGUAAAGAUGCUUCCGAUAAACAAAGCACUAUUAUCAUUAGCUCUCCAAAAUCACCCGAUAAAUCAAAGUCAUUAAAACUUGAAAGAAAAGCUUCCAUUGAUAGUCUAUUCAAUGAAGACUUGUCUCCAGAAGAAAUCGCCGAGUUAGAAGCAUUAUUGGGCGAAGAUAAAUUAUCUUCUGACGCCAUGAAAGAAGUUCGUGGAGCUAAUAAACCUACUCCAAAACCAAAGAUUCCAAUUCUUAUAAAUACAAAAAAAAUUGAAGAAGCUCAACCUAAGCCCAAGUAUACUCAAAAUACAAAAACCACAAGUGGCGUUUCAAAGUUAGAAACUGUCAACAUAUUCACCUCAUUAGCUGGUGGUGGCUUCUUAAUGAUACCCAGAACCAAUAGAUUGGCAGGCAUUUUAGAAGCAAAUCAAAUUGAAUUUACUUACAAAGAUUUAGGUACUGAUGAAGAAGCUAAAAAAAUCUGGAAAAGAUAUGGACAAGGAAGAACACUACCUGGUGUUGUUAAAGGAAAAGAUGAUAUUGUUGGUAAUUGGGAAGAAAUUGAUCAUUACAAUGAAAGCUAUGUUCUUCGGGAAAAAAUCUAUGGUCAUUUUUAAUUUUUGAUUUUUUAAUUUUUAUUUGUUAUCCGAAUCUAUUUUAAUUAUAUUUACUUUACUUUACGUUCAUUUUAUUAUUAUAUAAAACAUUUUGUGCCCCUUUUUUUUUCUCUAUGCAUCCUUCAAUUCAUUAACUCAUUUGUACUAGAAUUUUAAAUAAUAUUAACUUUUGAUUCUUAAAAAAAAAAAAAAUAUUGUAAAUGAUUUCUGG